CCCUUUUUAGAACCCACCCUUGCGUCAUUCAAGCACAUGCUUUACGCAUGCGCAACGUCAACGGCGUAGAAACCGACAACAAACUAUGGCGGACGAAAACCCUGAUGCUGAGCAGAGCAUGGAGGGACACACUCCUGUCCCAGAAAAUCCUCAUGCAGAAUAUGGCCUCACUGAAAACAUCCAGAGAAUAGUGGAGAAUGAGAAAACGACAGCUGAAAAGGUCCCCAAACAGAAGGUGGACCCUCAGACGCUGCAGACCCUUCCUACCCGAGCGUACUUGGAUCAGACAGUGGUUCCUAUUCUCCUGCAGGGCUUGUCAGUUCUGGCCAAGGAAAGGCCUCCAAAUCCAAUAGAGUUUUUAGCAGCAUUCUUACUGAAGAACAAGUCCCAGUUUGAGGAACGAAAUUAAAGACUGCGGUGGAAGACUUAGGGUUACAGAUUUUCUUUUGUGAUUUUUUUUUUGUGUGAAUUUAAAUGUAAUGGUCACUCUUCAAACUGUGUGUUUGCCAACAUUAAUGUAGUUUUUUAAGCUCUAAUAAAAUGUUCAAGCAGC